AUCCUCCUUUAAUAAUCCCAUAUCCACAUCUUGUGCUUGUGCUUGUGCUGCGCUUCUGUCAAACCUAUAAGCGCGAAGGAGCUUGACUAUUCACAAUGGCGACCGAAAAUAUGCCUAGCGACGUGGAGAAGAAUGCCGGUCCUAUGGCCGAGGAGCUGGAGAGGAACAGUCUCAAAGAUCCGGCAGUCAAUACGGUUCAUGCUACUUCAGCGCAAGAGCGCAAGCUGGUAUGGAGGCAAGAUAAACGUAUCGUGCCGUUGUCCGCCGCCAUCUACUUCCUUUGCUAUUUGGAUCGUUCCAACAUCGGCAAUGCCAGGAUCCUCAACUCCUCAACCCACAAUGACAUGCAGACCGAGACCGGAGCCACGGCCUACCAAUUUAACAUCGCAUUGAUGAUCUUUUUAGUUGGAUAUUUCUGUUUCGAGGUUCCUUCGAACAUCCUAUUGAAAAAGCUUCGCCCUUCGAGAUGGCUUGCCUUUCUCAUGGUCGCUUGGGGCGCGAUCACGAUCGGCUUAGGCGGUGUUAAGAAUUAUUCCCAGAUGACGGGAGUCCGUUUCCUGCUAGGAGCAGUCGAAGCUGGUCUGUUUCCGGGAUUGAUCUAUUACCUGACGUUUUGGUACAAGAGCGACGAAAGAAGUGUACGAGUAGCCUUCAUUCUCGCGAGCGCUACCCUCGCCGGCGCCUUUGGCGGUGCCAUUGCAUACGGAAUCGGUCAUAUGAAUCGGACACAAAACCUUUCCGCUUGGAGAUGGUUGUUCAUGCUUGAAGGUAUUCCUUCAUGUCUGUCCGGCAUUCUUGUAUGGUUCUUCCUACCAGACUGGCCCGAGAGAGCUAAAUGGCUCUCGGAGUCCGAGAAAGACUUAGCUGCGCAGCGACUGUAUCUCGAAGGCGCCAAGGGCUCAGCUUCAUCUAUGACCUGGGAUGAUGUUAAAUCUACGCUUACGGAUUGGCGAUUGUACGGACACUAUGCUAUUUAUUUUGCAGUCUCGUUGCCUUUCAGUUCGCUGUCACUAUUCUCCCCAUCGAUCGUCGCCGGUUUAGGGUUUCAUGAUCUAGAGGCGCAAUUACUUACGGUGCCUCCUUGGGCUGCCGCUUACAUCUUCCAAAUUCUUAUGUCAUGGUCCGCCGAUCAUUUCAAUGCUCGCGGCUAUCACUGUGCCGCUGCAGCAGUGAUUGGAGCAGCAGGUUUCCUAGCAUCUGCCGUGUUACCAGCUGACGACUAUCUCGGCCGCUAUGGUUGCUUAAUCGUCGGAACUGCCGGGGCCUUUGGAUGCAUUCCCCCCAUGCUAGGUUGGCUCACGUCGAACAUGUGGAGCACGGCGUCUAUUGGGCUGGCGGUUGCUAUCAACGUCAGUAUCGGCGCCGGCCUUGGACAAAUGCCGGGUGUUUGGAUCUACAAGGCCGACGAGGCGGAGAAAGGCUACCCAACUGGUCAUGGUGUAAACUGCGCCAUGCUCUUCUUCGUAGCUCUUGGUGCCCUUGGACUACGAUACUACUACGGACGAAAGAACCGGACCUUGUUGAACGCAGCUUCUGAAGGAAUAACUCCUAGGCUGUACAAGUUGUGAGGAUUUCUCACAAUUGCUAGUUCCUUUCUAGCAUAAAAGCUUCAAGAUACUUAGCUAGUCUGUCGGUUGAUGAAUAUCGGUACAAUAACGGUUCAUAUUUCUUGUUUCGAUCUGUAGCUACAGGUAUCUACCUCUACCUACCUAGGUAAUCCUCAUGUCGACCUCUUAUCGAGAAGAUUUGAGGGGCAUACGUAAUCAAAAAAGCCUCCUCGGGCAAGACACGUCUACUGCAUAAAGCCACAUUAAAGAACUAGUGACAAUAGUCACCGCCCU